AUGAUUCGAUGGCUUUUCGCCCAGUUCUCUGGUUGCGUGGUGGAAGUGCAAGCCAUUAACGACAGCAACGAAAUCCAAUGGGGCGGCGCAGACAUGGCAGCUGCAGUGGAGAAAGGUUACCCGGACGUUGCGCGAUGGCUAUUCGAGCAGAAAGGUGGCGUGGAGCGAGACUGGGGGCGCUUUAUGGCUGCUGUGGGUCGUAGCGGGAGUCUGGAAUUAUUACAAUGGCUGCUUGACCGUGGCUAUACAGAGCGCCAAUUAGCACCUCCUACAAUGGAUGACGCUGCGUGGGGUGGCCAUAUAGACAUGCUGCAGUGGCUCUAUCGUCACGGGUAUGUUCAUCACGCCAGUUUUGCUCUAGAACACGCCGCUCGCAAUGGUCACUUGGAGAUUGUGGAAUGGUUGAUGCGCUACCACCCAGUUGGCAACGCAAGUCGAGCAUUAGAUGCUGCAGCAAGGGAGAACCACCUGCAUGUAGUGCGCUGGCUUCUGGAGCACAACCUUGGCCGUGGCGCGAAGUCUGGCAUGCAUCAGGCUGCUAUUCGAGGACACCUCGAGGUUGCUCAAUACCUGCUCGAGCAGAGUUUUGAUGGCCUUGCCAGUGUUUCCAGCGGAACUAUGCUUCGUGCGGCGGGUCGAGGUUUUCUUGAUGUCGUCAAGUGGUUGAACAAUUCGUUUGCCAGCGAACCGCAAAGAAAUCUGUACAGAGACUUACGCCCGUAUUCGCUGACUUUGCUAGCCGAUGAGCCUAGCACCGCGAUAGAUGCGGCUGCGAAAGGUGGACAUUUAGAUAUUCUUAAGUAUCUUCAGAAGGUCGACGAGCGUUUGGCUGAAGAAGGGUUCGCAGGAUGCCGGCCCACAGACACACAUGACGCGAUGGAUGGUGCUGCUGCAAGAAAUCACUUAAAAGUUGUCAAGUGGCUCUGUUGUCAUCGAUCGGGAGGCUGCACAACUGCUGCCAUGGAUGGCGCUGCGACUAACGGGCUCUUAGAAAUGGUCCAAUGGCUUCACGAGCAUCGCGUAGAGGGGUGUACAACCGCCGCUAUGGAUGGUGCGGCAAGAAACGGUCAUUUGGCUGUUGUAAAAUGGCUUCAUGAACAUCGCAGCGAAGGUUGCACCACUGCAGCAAUGGAUGGCGCCGCCGGGUCUGGUGCCUUUGGAGUACUACAGUGGCUGCAUUUGAAUCGAACAGAAGGGUGCUCGACUGAUGCGAUGAACAAUGCGGCGGGUGCUGGAUUGCUGAAGAUCGUUCAGUGGCUCCAUCAAAAUCGCCGCGAAGGAUGCACAACAAAAGCGAUGGAUGCGGCUGCGUCAGGUGGGCAUUUCGAAGUGCUGCUGUUCUUGCGAUCUCAGCGACUGGAGGGCUGCACUAGCGACGCGGCGUUUGGAGCGCAACGAAAGAAGCACGUUCAUAUUUUGGCUUGGCUUAGUGAGCACUACUCAAACGCACCAGCUCCCCGACGUCACGUCAGGAUACGCCACCUUGCUUAA